GAUUAGUCGAAGUGCAACAGCAGACGCCGACGGACGUGGGCGCAUAAGUACGUACUUAAAAAUUGUAAUACGGGAAAAAAGUGACAUCACCAUGAGGUCAUCGUAUAAGAUACUCGUCCCGACUCUUCUGCUGGCCAUCUGCUCUCUUGGCCAGACACAGUUCAAGACGGCGGGCUUUAAAACGCGUCAGCCGCCUUCGGGGAAUCUUCAGCUCUCGGGCAAUGCCAGUGAGUACAACCAGACGGGCUACGGGUGGAACAGCUACAACCAGAGCACCUACGGCUGGAAUGCCAAUGCGCAGAACCAGACAAGCCAUGGAUGGAGCGAUUUCGUCCCCGCCGAGACCUAUCAGCCCGCAACCUCGCCUCCCCUGUUCGGACACUACGUGCAGCCGGUUGGACCCCCAGUGACACGGGCCCCACAGGUUCUGGACGAGACGGCGCUGUUCAUCAACAAGACCCGAUCGGCCAUGGCCAGCGGUGUGUGCUAUAAGGAAGUUCCAACCGCUUCUCUUCUGCGCAAUUCACGGGAGAGGUUCGUUGGCAAUGGGACCACCCCGGACAUGAGCAGUGUUCAGGUGUGCUGUGAGGGAUACGAGCGCAACCCGCACAUCUAUCGAAAAUGCGACCCAAUCUGUGCGGACGAUUGUCCAAACGGAAUCUGCACGGCACCCAACACGUGUGUCUGCAUUCCCGGCCACGUUCGAACGAGCGAGGGCAAGUGCAUCUCCACUUGUCCACUGGGCUGCGGCAACGGAGUUUGCGACGAGCGCAACGAAUGUCAGUGUCGGGAAGGAUACUCCCUGGAUCCCCUGAGCCGCAAGUACUGCCAGCCGGAGUGCAAGCAGGGCUGUGCCCAAGGACGCUGUGUGGCUCCCAACAAGUGCGAGUGUCUGCAAGGCUAUCGCCAGGCUCCCGAUGGGCGCUGUGAGCCCGUCUGCGACAACUGCGACAACGGGCAGUGCACGGCCCCUGGCCAUUGCACCUGCAAGGCGGGCUACCUCAAGCUGCAGGGACGCUGCGAGCCCAUCUGCGAGCAACCCUGCAAGAAUGGACGCUGCAUUGGCCCGGACAUCUGCGAGUGCGCGCAUGGCUUCGAGUGGGAUCGUAAGUCAGCCGAGUGUCUGCCGAAGUGCGAUGUACCCUGCCUCAACGGAGUCUGCGCGGGCAACAACCAGUGCGAGUGCAACCCGGGCUACGUGCGGGACGAGCACCAGCGGUAUAUCUGCCAGCCCCAUUGCCCCCAGGGCUGUCCCAAUGGCUACUGCAGUGCCCCCAACUUCUGCAUUUGCCGGCCAGGAUUCAUCAAGAGCGGCAUAAAGGGCCGUCAGAGCUGUACGGCUGUCUAGUACCUCAGUAAAAUAGCUAUAUGUGCACUGAUUUAAAUUACGUUUUUUUCCACACAUAUUUUCUUGAUUUAUUUUAUUUUUUUAUUUGGUUAGCUGUUAAUAAGCUCAAACAAAACGGCAGACAAAAAAAGUUGAAUAUA